GCAGGCACUGUGCUGCUGAGCUGAAUGAAUCCCCUGGCCUGGCCCAGUUUAUCUGUUUUACAGGAGGAAAGAGCACUCAUGAGUUGAUAACUUUGGUAGGUUGAGUGCUUCUGAUUCCCCAUGGUUUUGCUGAGCUUGUAAAAGAGACACUUGGAUGGUGGAUUAGCAAGAACACUGACGUUUUGUGGAAAGUGUCAAAUUGGAGAAUACUGAAUUUUCACCCUAGUCCAGCAGCUCUGCUGCUCACGUAAAUACAGAUGAAUGAAGACCCCAUUUGGAAAGUCACCUGGCCAGCGGUCCAGAGCUGAUGCAGGCCAUGCUGGAGUGUCUGCAAACAUGAUGAAGAAGAGAACAUCCCACAAAAAACAUCGGAGCAGUGUGGGGCCAAGCAAGCCUGUGUCCCAGCCCCGGCGGAACAUCGUAGGCUGCAGGAUCCAGCAUGGGUGGAGAGAGGGCAACGGCCCUGUCACCCAGUGGAAAGGGACUGUCCUGGACCAGGUGCCCGUAAAUCCUUCUUUGUAUCUUAUAAAGUACGAUGGAUUUGACUGUGUUUAUGGACUAGAACUUAAUAAAGAUGAAAGAGUUUCUGCACUCGAAGUCCUCCCCGAUAGAGUUGCAACAUCUCGAAUCAGCGAUGCACACUUAGCAGACACGAUGAUUGGUAAAGCAGUGGAGCAUAUGUUCGAGACUGAGGAUGGCUCGAAAGAUGAAUGGAGGGGAAUGGUUUUAGCACGGGCACCUGUCAUGAACACAUGGUUUUACAUCACUUAUGAGAAAGACCCUGUCUUAUACAUGUACCAGCUCCUAGAUGAUUACAAAGAGGGCGACCUUCGCAUCAUGCCCGAUUCUAAUGAUUCACCUCCAGCAGAAAGGGAACCAGGAGAAGUUGUGGACAGCCUGGUAGGCAAACAAGUGGAAUAUGCCAAAGAAGAUGGCUCGAAAAGGACUGGCAUGGUCAUUCAUCAAGUAGAAGCCAAACCGUCCGUCUAUUUCAUCAAGUUUGAUGACGAUUUCCAUAUUUAUGUCUACGAUUUGGUGAAAACAUCCUAGAUGUCAUCGCGAACUUUGCCAAAUUUGUGGAACUAUUAAAUGUAUAAUUUGUAGACAUAAAGACUUGAUUGCUUUCCAGUUUAAUGAAAGCUUAAAUGUCCCUGCGAACCCACAAUCUCUGCCAGCAGAACUGGUUUUGUUCUGAAUAGUACAGCUUGAUGUGAACACAAAGCAUUUUGUGUAAGGAGAACUUCUUCGUCUUACAAGAAGUCUGUCUGUUGGGAGGGGAGUUACAGGCAAGUUUGGUAAAAGUUAAGCUAGUAUCAUAGUCAUUUAAAUCUGUAAUAGAUCUUAAUCAUUUCCCCCUUCACUUUAACACUGUCUUAUUCUGCCACAAUGCAAGCAUAGUUUGGUAUUUUUGUUACUGCCCUUUUUUUUAGAUAUAUGUAUCUAUACCUAUCUAUAUCUGUAUCUGUGUGCCUGCGUAUAUAUGUGCACACACACACCACUGGUAGUCUUUCCCCAUGGAUUAGGAUGGGGUGAUAAGUUUUCUCCACUUCAACUGGAGUGCUUGACCCAAGUCAGUCAUAUUUAUGAUAUCCCUGCUCUUUAUUUAAAAUUAAAUGGGGCACAGGAAGCACAUAGGCACAUUCCAUUAUUUUGCAGAUCAGGAGUUCAGAGAACCUAUUUCAUCUGGAGGCUUUAAACUGUAAGUCCAAAUAUAAAUUACUUUUGAACAGUUAAUGACCCACAUUUGGUUGACUGGUAAGAAAUCUGGGUAAAAGGCUGCCUUUAAUUCUAAACUUUAUCAGUUGUUUUGUUUACAUUUUAAUUUUGAGUAGUUUUUAGCUCAGUCCAGGUCCUUUGUUCACUCAGAAUGACAUGUAUGUGUCUUGGAUGGCACAUUUGGCCCAUUACUUAUACAGACUAGUAAUCUGUUUUAGUUCAUGGAUUUAAAAGGCAACAGUACAUCAAUGGCUUGUGUGUAUGUGGUGAGUUCCUGGAAGAACAGUGCUUUUGUAUUUAAGUUUAAGAAUGGCAUUGUUGCCUUCUAAUAUGUUUUCUGGAACUUAUUUUUUGUUUUGUUUUUCUUUUAUUGCUAGUAUAUGGUUAUGGUCAGAAGGCCUCUUUUCUCCUUCCCUAUCCCUUCCCCUAGCUUUGCCCCACAAGAAACAUCUGGACAUAUGACAGCUUGAUCUUUUGUGGUGGUACAGGUGUAUGUUCUUGCCCCAGGUAUUCUGUAAAUGUGGGUUCAUUUCUUCCAGUGGCCCCUGGGGGUGUGCAUGUCAAUGAUAUGUUGCCACAGAAGUCAUCCAUCUUGGCUUGCCGGUAUAAUAGCAGCCCUUCACCACAGAAUCUUUUCAUGGAUUAUUCCUGUAAGGUUGUUCAAAUCUGAAAUAGAACCACAAGUUGGUUUGACAGGAAAAAGGUGGCGUGUGAAACCAGUCUUGUGGAGAUGAGAAAUCUGACCUGUGGUUUGAGCAAACUACGUGGGUUUGCUGUCUAUUACUAAACACCAGAGGUUCGGAUUGAGGUCCUUGUGAUGUCUUUGGGGGCUGUUCUUUAUGUUCGCAAUCAUUCCAGUUUAGGGCCUCACGGUGUAUGGUUUGCUUAAUGCCUAUUUUUGCUUUCCUGAAGGCUUGUGCCUUGUGCUUUUGGAUGGUAAUGACUGCUCACCAUAUGAACAUAGUGCACCGAUUCUUUGUCACCAGCUGCAGUCGUCCUGUGCCCAGUGCUUCACCGUGGGCAGCUUCACCAAGGGGCGAGCUUCUCAAAGCAGUGUGAUGCCCCAGUCAUAGAUGCUUCUUGUGUGUGUGAACAGGUGUCAUCCUGCAGAUCUGCUGUUUCCCUGCAUGUAAAUCUCAGAGCUGAGCCUGGCUCCCAGAGCCCAUACUGACAUGUGGCACAAGAUGGUGAGUGUGUCCAGCACGCACAGAAGGUUGUGCAGAAUGUGGCGCAGUGACUUCAGGCUGAAAAUAAAGUUCCUUUCAAAGUAUCCCAAGGGUUGGGUCAAUUGAAAUAUUUCUGGCGUUACCUAAUGACUUGCAUUGUGGUUUUUCUGCAAGCAACUUUAGCAACUUUAAUAUACCCAUGAUCUCCCAGUCUAGAGGAAUGCAACACGGUGAUGAUUUUAAUCAUUGUUCCAUUCAUUACCUUUUGGGCUGAGGGAAGGGGAAGGGGUUUUUGUUAUUUUUGUUUUUCCAUAUUUUUUCCCAUUCUUUUUUCUUUUGGUGACUUAUACCUCAUUUAAUGCUGUGACUAAUUCUGCUCCGGAGCCCGUGUGUCUUGGGCUUCAUUUUAGGCUCAUGUUUCAGACCUGCAUGCACUGCUUGCAUUUUUCUGGUAUCUGAAUGUUGGUUCCUUGUUCGAGGAAUUCAACAUUAAUUUCCAAAAUUAUCAUGGGACUUGUGACAA